AUGUCUUCGCUCUGGGCCAGCUCCGAUGCCGCACAGUGGCAGGAGGCGCUAGAUGGGUACUGGCAGGCGGUGGAGGGGCUGGGCAAGCCCAGGCUAUCGGAGCUAGACAGGUGGUUCCACGAGCAGCUGCCAGGCGACUUGCAAGGUCGGCAGCCCCCCCACCUCACGCAGCCAGAGCUGGUCAAGCUGGUCGACUGGAAGCUGACUCGCGGCAAGUCACGGCCUCGCCUGCUGGCUUUUGCCAAGGAGGCCGCCCCGGCGGCCGUGCAGGCUGCCAGCACCGCAGCAUUCGACCUGCUGGCGCCGCACCGCGGCAGGGAGGCGCCCCCGGCAGCGGUCAAGGAGGCGCUGGCAGCGCUGACCGUCCUCAAGGGGGUGGGGCCGGCCACGGCGUCUGCCGUCCUGGAGGCGUAUGAACCCUCCAUCCCUUUCUCAAGCGACCAGGCCAUGCUGGCUGCGCUGGACAGCAAGGACUACACGGUGGCCAAGGUGUUGGAGCUGAUGGCGGCGUUGCGGGCCAAGGCUAAACAGCUCAGCGAGGGCGGCGGCCGGCAGUGGACGAGCAGAGAGCUGGAAAUGGCGCUGUACGCGGCGACGGUGUCGUCGGCGGCGAGCGGAGGCGGCGGCAAGGCGGCGAGCGGCGGCGGCGGCGGCGGCGGCAAGGCGGCGAGCGUCGGUGGCGGCAACGCGGCGGCGAGCGCGGCGGGCGCAAAGGGGGCAAAGCGCAAGCGUUGA